AUGCUUGCUUUAUUCUUACUCGUAUCUAUUGCUCUUGCAGAAAAGAAGGAAUACCUUGCUGUUACAAACUAUACUAGUGAUGGAAAUAUGUUUUAUGGAGCUCCAUUAAAUAGUUGUCUUACUUAUUACCGUUUUUUAUCAAAUGGAAAUAGUUAUUAUGUUAAAUUUUCUAACACCGAACCUAAGGUACAAUAUUAUGUAGACGAAUAUUGUACAUCUGUAAGUGGUGCUGCUGUGGCACCAGUUGAUUGGGAAAUUAAAGAAGUUGAUAUUGAUUUCAGUCAAAUUACUAUUCCAAGUGGUAAAGGUAUUCCAUUAUAUAUUAAACCAACUUGUGCUAAAAUAUCUAACGAAGUUUCAUUUAGUCAAGAAAACGAUGGAACGACUAUUACUCUUAAACGAUACUCUGAUGACCAUUGUGAUGAUAGUUACCUUACUCAAAAAAUGACAUGUCAAGAUGAAAAUGUUUACAAUUAUGAUGAUGACCAAUAUUUAUUUGGUGAAGGACAAAAGGCAAGAGUUAUUUGUGGUUCUUCUUUGUUAACUGUUCUUUUUAUUUCAGCUAUCGUUUUGAUGUUAAUCUAA